GUGAAUGUUUGAAUUUGUGAAUGUUUCUUUGGAUAUAGUAUCUGUUGAAUGCGGUAUUUAAGAACCAAACACCUUUGGAACUUAUUUAAUAAAGUCCGUGGAAGUGUUAAGGAACAAAAAUUUAAUUUGAAUAAUAAGUGAUCACUGAUCGAAGGGAUUCGCGCUGUGAAACAGUCCGGAGCUAGCCCUUGUUUUCAUUGGAUGACAUCGCAGAAAGCUGAAGAUACCGACAAUUUUUAUUAUUUCGCGUACGGUAGCAACUUACUGGAUGAACGGAUACACUUACAAAUCAAAUGUGCCAAGUAUGUUAGCACAGGCUUACUGUCUAAUUAUCGGUUGGAGUUUUACGAUCAUGGGCUGAAAUGGAUGGGAGCUAUAGCAUCAGUGGAGCUAUCAAAAGGUGAUGAAGUUUGGGGAUGCGUGUGGCAUAUACCUUGGUCGUUUUCUGAUGAGUUAGACAUGCAAGAAAACGGCUAUCAUCGACUUGAUGUGUACGUUAAAUUUGGAAAUUCGACAACAAUGUGUCGUACUUAUCAGUAUUCUAAUCCCAAUCGUCAACGAAAACUUCCAUCACCGCAUUAUAAAUUGGUUAUCGUUUCUGGUGCAAUCGAACAUUCUUUACCUUUAGACUAUAUCGAAAAGUUGAAAGCAAUUGAAGAUAAUGGUUACAAAGGUCCAGUAGUAUUUGAUUUAAUCGUUCUGAAAUAUCUUAAUUCCAAAACUUAUAAUUAAAAGUUGUAUUACUUUGACUUAGAUGGGUUUCUCCUGGUGUUUUAGAAGUUUGUCCAGGUGUUUUGGAAGUUUGUUUCUCCUGGAAGUUUGUUUCUCCAGGAAGUUGUUUCUCUUCGGAAGUUUGUUUGAUAUCGAUGCUUUGUAAAUACAAAUGAUAAUGUUUUGUAUGUUGCUAGUUUCAAAAAAUGCAACAAGUGCAAUUGUUAUACCUUGGGCGCGCAUGAAAGCACGAUAUGAACUGUCAAGCACUGUGUUUAAUUCACUCCCAGUCACUGUUUGAUUCACUCGUCAUUGAAUGCGAAUAUCGAAUAUCAUGUGGUUUGUUUAUCCUUACCACGCUGGAAUAAAGAAAGGUUGCUAUCUGGUC